UCUUCGAUUAGCGAGAACUAAUCGGAGCGGCGUCGUUGGCGAUGAGGGUGGCAAAGCGGCCGAUCCAUGCGGCGGUGACAUGGGUGAAGCGGCAGCCGUCCAAGGUCAAGGCGUUUCUCAGCGUGGUAGCCGGCAUCGCGGCCCUGGUCUUCCUUCGCUUCAUCGUCUACGACCAUGACAACCUCUUCGUGGCGGCUGAAGCCGUGCAUGCGGUUGGAAUCUCUGUCCUAAUCUAUAAGCUCACCAAGGAGAGAACUUGUGCUGGACUUUCACUGAAGUCUCAAGACUUAACAGCCUUGUUUUUAGCUGCUCGACUCUAUUGCAGCUUCGUGAUGGAAUAUGAUAUACACACAAUACUAGAUACUGCAACGCUUGCUACUACAUUUUGGGUCAUUUACAUGAUUCGGUUUAAAUUGAGGACAAGUUACAUGGUGGACAAGGACAAUUUUGCUGUAUAUUAUGUCGUGAGAUACCUGAUCUACAUUAUGGAGGUCGUGCCUUGUGCUUUAUUAGCUCUUGUCAUUCAUCCGUCUACAUCACAUAAUAUAUUCAAUCGGAUUUGCUGGGCAUUCUGCGUUUACUUGGAAGCUGUUUCAGUGCUGCCCCAGUUACGAUUGAUGCAGAAUGCAAAGAUUGUAGAACCUUUCACAGCUCACUAUGUUUUCGCUCUAGGCAUCGCGAGAUUUCUGAGUUGUGCUCACUGGGUGCUCCAGGUCCUCGAUACCCGUGGAAGAUUAUUGACAGCUUUAGGGUAUGGCUUGUGGCCAUCCAUGGUGCUCCUUGCCGAAAUUGUUCAAACUUUCAUCUUAGCUGAUUUCUGUUAUUACUAUGUAAAGAGUCUCAUCGGUGGGCAACUGGUGCUUCGGCUUCCUUCUGGUGUGGUGUAGCCUGAUCUCUUGCACAUACGACUUCGAGUGAGUUUAAUUUUGUCUGAAUUUCUUUGUUCAAGUCUAACUGUUUACCAGCUAUGGAUGAUUAUUAACUAUAUCUUGUUAAAUUAAAAAGGAUUUCUUGUCUUUUCA